AUGAGGUUUUGCAGCAUUAAAAAUGAUAAUUUAUUAAGAAAAGUAUCAGCUUCAGAUAGAAAAAACACGGAACAUUGUUCCUUUUUCUUGUCUGAAGUUCAAAAUAAAAUAUCUCAAAUAAAAAUUUACAAAAAUUCUAUGUUAUCUAGACUUUUUACCGUGGUAUUAUUUUUUCUUUUAUAUAAUUUCUUUCAAUGUAUGUCUAAAAAACAAAAUAAAGUAACUACAGUAUUACUCUGUAACAAAUAUCAUUCCAGGAAAUUAGCACAACAGGGACCAAUGUUUGUUAGAGGGAAAAUAAAAAGUACAAACAAAUCUCAACUAAAAGAAGCUGUUAAAAAACCACUUCAUAUACAAGAAGGAGAUAAUGUUUUAGUAAUAGAAGGUAAUAAAAUACAAAUUGAAAAUAAAACCCCCUAUAUGCAGGAGACAGGUGAUGACAAAGCAAAAUUUAAUAAUGAAAAUGCAAGUGCUCCAGUAAAUGAAAAUAUUAUGAAAAUAAGAUUGGGAAAUUUUGGUAACAAUAUUCCUGAUACCCAAAAUCCAAAUGUCCCACAAUUUGGAAAUAUUGGAAUUCAAAAUCCAAAUAUUCCACAAUUUGGAAACGUUGGAAUUCAAAAUCCAAAUGUCCCACAAUUUGGAAAUUUUGGAAAUCAAAAUCCAAGUAUUCCACAAUCUGAAAUUUUUGGAAAUCAAAAUCCAAAUGUCCCACAAUUUGGAAAUAUUGGAAUUCAAAAUCCAAAUGUCCCACAGUUUGGAAAUAUUGGAAUUCAAAAUCCAAGUGUCCCACAGUUUGGAAAUUUGGGAAUUCAAAAUCCAAAUGUCCCACAGUUUGGAAAUUUGGGAAUUCAAAAUCCAAAUGUCCCACAAUUUGGAAAUAUUGGAAUUCAAAAUCCAAGUAUCCCACAAUUUGGAAGUAUGGGGAAUAGUUUACCAAUGAGAAGACAGAAUAAGAAGACAGAUAAAAAUAAAAGGGAAAAUGCUAUGGAUAUAAAUAUGGAAGAAGUUGAAGUAAUGGAUGUAACUGAACAAGGGUUCUCGGAUCCCACAAUGAAAAUAAAUUGGCCAGUGUUUCAUAAUAAUGCAAGAGGGAAUGAUAUGAAUAUUUUAAAAUUGAGAAAGCAAUGGCAGCAAACAGUUUAUGAUGACUGGAAAAAAAAUAUGGCAUGA